AUGCCCGGACUGGGACCUGCUCCUGGGCUGUUUCUCAAAGGCAGAGCUGCGUUCGCUGUGUUCGGUUCCCUGCAGACUUCCACCCGGGCCUCGCUAGUCCGCUUCACCCGCGCUAUGGCCACCAGACCCGGGGCUGAUGGGGUGGGGGUGGAGGGGAGACCGCCACAGAAGAGGCUGAAGCAGAAGGAGCCGCUGCGCAGAACCAAAGCCAAAGAGACGCGUCUCAAACGGGGGGACGUGCACGGACCAUCCACGGUCUAUGUGCAGGUCCUGGGCUCCGGGAGCAGAGACAACGCUGCGUCUCUCUACGUGUUCUCAGAGUUUAACAGGUACCUGUUUAACUGCGGUGAGGGGACGCAGCGCCUGAUGCAGGAGCACAAGUUAAAAGCCGCUCGACUCGACAACAUCUUCCUCACGCGACUGAACUGGGACAAUGUGGGCGGACUCUCAGGGAUGAUCCUGACGCUGAAGGACACCGGAGUCCCUGAGUGCGUUCUCUCUGGACCUCCACAACUGGAAAACUUUGUGAGUGCCAUCAAGUCUUUCUCUGGACCUCUGGACGAGAUCCGGCUCUCUGUGCGUCCUUACACAGAGGAGACCUACAGUGACGAGACCAUGACGGUGACACAGGUGCCAAUAUUCGCUCGACCGAAGACACCCACUAACACAUCACAGGACUCCAGCUGUGACCCACCUGGUGAGGACCAGCCCGGUCCAGACCCCUCUCUGGUCGUGGCCUUCAUCUGUAAACUUCAUCCAAAGAAGGGGAACUUCCUGGUACCAGAGGCCAAAGAGCUGGGUCUGCCUGUAGGCACCGCAGCCAUCGGACCUCUGAUCAAAGCUCUGAAGGAGGGGCGAGCCGUGGAGUUUGAGGGGAGACAGAUCCGACCGGACCAGGUGUGCACUCCCACAGACCCUGGUCCUGUGUUCCUGGUUGUAGAGUGUCCGACUGAGGACUUCAUCCCACAUGUCUGCACCAACCAGCAGCUUAGCAGACUGACUCAGGGUGAGGACCCGGCUGCUCUGGUGGUCCAUAUAGUUCCUGAGUCGGUUCUGGGCUCGAAGCAAUACCAGCAAUGGAUGGAGGCGUUCCCCUCCUCGACAGAGCACCUGGUCCUGAAUGAGAACUCUCCCUCAGUUCACAAUGUUCGCAGCCACAAACUGCAGACUCAGCUCCACAUGGUCCAGCCGCAGGUGUUUCCUCUGCUGCACAUGGUCCAGGCUCAAGAGCCUCAGUCCGCGCUCCACGUCCCUCACGUCAGAGCAGAGUGUUUGCUGAAGUUCCAGCUCAGACCAGUGAUGGGCUGGGACAGAGACUCGAUCCCCUGCUGUGACCAGGAGGAGUUUGUGCGAGAGGCUUCAGGGCUGCCACUGUUUCUGCAGGAGACGGAAAGAUGCCGGAAACUGUGGACUGAAGGAGACACAGACCCAGGCUCCAGUCCGUAUCCAGAGGUGGUGUUUUUAGGCACUGGUUCAGCUCUGCCCAUGAAGACCAGGAACGUCAGCGGCACUCUGCUCAACAUCAGCUCGUCUCAGUCUCUGCUCCUUGACUGUGGUGAGGGCUCUUUCGGUCAGCUCUGCCGUCACUAUGGAGACCAGGUGGACCAGGCCCUGUGCACCAUCAACUGUGUGUUCAUCUCACACAUGCAUGCAGACCAUCACACGGGUCUUCUCAGACUGCUGUACCAGAGACAGAGGGCACUGGAGUCUCUGGGGAAAGACUUCAGUCCUGUGUUUCUGGUAGGACCGACCCACAUGGUGUCAUGGCUGCGUCAGUACCAUGAGUCCUGUCAGGAGAUCCUGCACCACAUCAACUUCAUCCCCAACAAAAGCCUGUGUGCGGGUGCAGAGGGGACCAGACCCAGAACCAAGACCAUCCAGACUCUGCUGCAGAGGACCGGCCUGGACCAGUUUGAGACGUGUUUUGUGCGUCACUGUAGGCACGCCUUCGCCUGUGCUCUCACACAUCGCUCUGGGUGGAAACUGACCUUCUCUGGAGACACCAUGCCCUGUGAGGCCCUGGUUACCAUAGGACGAGACUCUACGCUGCUGAUCCACGAGGCGACUCUAGAGGACGCUCUGGAGGCCGAGGCACUGGAGAAAAAACACAGCACCACCUCUCAGGCCAUCUCUGUGGGGAUGCAGAUGGAGGCCGGCUUCAUCCUCCUCAAUCACUUCAGUCAGAGAUACGCCAAGAUCCCCCUGUUCAACUCCCACUGCGACAGAGUGGGGAUCUCCUUCGACCAUAUGAGGGUUCGUUUCAAAGACCUGAAGCUGCUUCCUGUCCUCACUCCGGCUCUGAAGGCUCUGUUUGCAGAAGACCUGAGUGAGCUGGAGGAAGAGCGAGACCGAAGAGAGCUGAGAAACCUCCACAAACCAUCAAAGACAGAGGAGAGGGAGACCAGAGAGCUGAGAAACCACCACAAACCAGUAGAGACCAAGGAGACAGAACCCCCGGAGCUGCAGUCCCAAGAGCCUCCUGCAGGGGUCAAACGUGAGGCAGAGGGCGGAGCCUCAGACCCACACAGCAAGAGACUGAAGUCCAGCUGA